GUUUGUGUGGGUCGGACGUGCGCUCGUUGCAUACAGAGCUCCUCCGUUGUGUACGAAACAAGUUUUACAAUUCACAUACUACAAAUUUCUUAGUUAACAACAAGAAAAGCAUACAAAUCACGAUGAACUUCAGUGUAUUAUUACAAAAAACAUUUAUAUCGUUGCGGUAGAGACGUUUCUUGUGCAUUUGUGAUUACUUUAUCAACUUUAUCGGAUGAUAUUGUACCUAUAAGGUGUAACGGAGACGCGAGUGUAAUUGUUUAUUAUUUUGAAACAAAGACUAACCGUUGAGAAGACGAAAUUUAAAAUUCUGUUUUCUUGUUUUACCGGGGACGCAAACGAAUAGUGUGUUGAAAAGAGACAAGAUGAGGUCUCAACGCGGUAGAGCGACAGGUGUGGCGGCUUUGGUAGUUUUGUUGGCCUCAGUAACAGGAUGUGCGAGCCAGACGCUAAAAAUAUUCCCAACGCAAAAGGUGCAGACUGUAGCAAUUGGAAAGUCAGUUGUUCUGACAUGCCAAGCGGAUGCACAGGACCCCUCACUAAUCACACAACCUCAGUGGAAGGACCCGAAAGGAUUGGUUAUAAAUGAAGCUUCAGCGGGUACCAGAUCAGAAAUAUAUACGGAGGCGAUGCCAACAAAGCAGUUACAGUUGCUGUACAUACCGUCAAUAACUCCAGCGAUGGCAGGAAAUUACACCUGUGUGGCGACGUACACCAACAUACCGCUAAGCGCUAGCGUAAUUUUGGAUACUUUUGUUGCUAUCACAUUCACAAAUGCCAAUGAAAAUCAAUAUGCAACAAAAGGACAGGAUUUUAAAGUUAUGUGUGAAGUAACCGCUGACCCUGCACCUACUAUAGAUUGGUUCAAAGAAGGAGUACCCAUUGUGACUGGUGACAGAUACGUAAUUCAUGCCAAUGGGUUACUAAUUAAAAAUGUACGGGAAAGCGACGACGGUUCUUAUAUGUGCCGAGCUGUUGUCAUCCACACUGGUGAACUAUCGGAACGCGAAAUCAAUGUAGAGGUAUAUACUGCGCCAGAAAUGGAGGACAGAGAUCAGGUAGUUGUGAUUAAAGAAGGGGAAACCGCUCAAAUUACCUGCAAGGCUCGGGGGAAACCACCACCGACUUAUAGUUGGAUUAAAGCAUCAACACGAGAAAAUUUGGCUACAACAUCUAGAUUCAGUGUAAACGAAAAUACUGGAUUAUUGUCAUUCAGUCGUGUGGAAGCCAGUGAUUAUGGUAAAUACAUCUGUAGCGCGAGUAAUCCAGCUGGACAGAACGAAACUGAGAUUGAAGUAGAAGUGCUUGUACGCCCCAAAAUAUUCCAAUUGUUUAAUGCAACCGUAUCAGAGAAAAUGGAGGGUAGAUUAGAAUGCAAAGCGACAGGACGGCCGGCACCUCGCAUAAGUUUCAGAAAAUUAAGUAAUCCUGACCCAUUCACAAAUGGCGCGUAUGAUAAUGGAAGAAUCACAGUGGAAACAAGUUCUCGACCAACCGGCGAUCAAAUGGAAUCUAGUGGUGUUAUCACAAUAUCGAAUCUUAACAGAACAGACGAUGGCCUGUACGAAUGCUUAGCUGAAAACGAUGGUGGAGAAGCAAGAAAGAAUGGGCAUUUGACUGUUCAAUUUAAGCCGACAUUCCAAAACAUGCCUGAUAUGCCAAUCUGGAGUUGGAAUGGUCAACCCGUGAACAUAAGCUGUAUCGCAGAAAGUAUUCCAAAUGCUACUAUUAAAUGGAGGCACCUGAAUGUGGAUUUAGUAGAAACUCCACAUAUAAAGAUCUACGGAUCUGGACCUCUUAGCUACGUUACUAUCAGCCCAGUUGAUAGAGCUAUGUUUGGUGUAUACAAAUGCAUAGCCACAAACAUACUUGGUGAGGCUGAACACAUAAUAGAGUUGAGAGAAGGAUUCCCACCGGGCCGAGUUGUCCAAGCCAUACAAGAAACAAUUACAGCAACAUCUGUGUCCUUUAAUAUUGUGGGGCCAGCCGAGGAUAUGGGUCCUCCAAUACUAGCGUUCACAACACAAUACAAGGAAAACAACAAUUUCGAUUGGAAUCUAGCAAGUAAUCGAACCUGGUCUGUCAACUCGCCAUACAUUAUCGAGAAUUUGAGGCCAAUGUUCACUUACGACUUUAGAUUCGCUGCAGUGAAUCAAGUCGGCGCCGGAGUUUGGUCUGCACCAUUAACGGUUAUAACGCCUAAAACUUCUCCUCCUCAACAACCAAAAUGGAGGGAAAACAUCAACUCCGAAUCGCUUAUUUAUGGAAAGUACGCAGACAAAUAUGAGUUAAAAUGGAAAGUUCCAGCUCAUAAUGGUGAACCUAUUGACAUGUACGAAAUCAACUAUUGUCCUGUGGUGAAAGUAAGUGGAGAAUGGAAAGUGGUAUCGGAAUCUCAAUGUGUAGUAGAAGAAUUGAAGUCAUACGACGCUAUUAGUUAUGAAGUCAGGGGAUUAUAUCCUGACACUCGUUAUCGUAUGCAACUAAGAGCACACAACAUUCUCGGAUACUCAUUACCAGUCGAACUAUAUCUGCAGACUGCACUCGGUGUGGGUUCCGGAUUUGCUCCACCUCAACUAUUAUCAAGUGGUGCCAUUAUUGGAGUAGCAUUGGCUGGUGUAUUCCUUUGCUUGCUGAUAGUAGAUCUCCUUCUACUAUGCUUCAGGCGACAAGGAUUUAUCGCCACCAUAUGCGGUAAACGCGCAAAGAAACAUAAAGAGGACGAAGCCAAACUGGGAAGCACGAAGCCGCGCGCGCCGCCUUCCCCCGCGCCCCUGCCGCCACCCGUGAAGCUCGUGCCGACUCCAACCUAUGUACCAACCACGCCAGUAGACGAGAAGGAACCAUUAAGAGAUACCGGAGACGAUGGGAUAAAGAGGAAUUCUUCGGUGGAAUUUGACGGUCGACGGGUUUAUGCAACUAGUGGAGGAACAAUUAUUGGUAAAAAUUCUGCUGUUUAAGAAUAUUCUUAAAUAUUGUGGUAUGGUUUAAUGAAGAGAAUGAUGACCUAAAACGUCUACGUACGACGAUUUUAUUCGAUAUUCUUUGGAUGUCACUUAUAUUUAACGAGUAUAACAGCUUGUGUAUUGUGAAAGGCGCGACCAGUAUUCGAAACUGCCAAAAGUGAAUUUAUUACUUUACCAUUUAAGUACUUUUCAGCUUUACUGUCUAUCGUUAUUAAUUAGGUAUAAUUGAUAUCAGUUUGGUAAUAGAUAUUAAUUCUAUAUCAAAGGCUUUUGAAAAAUCAAUUCAAUUCUUUUUAAGAUUGUUAAGAUUGUCACCGUUGCUUCAAAAGGUACAGAAUGUGCCUUCUAAUAUAGUAGUAAAUGAGGGUAUAACAUAGGUUAGUGUAUAUAGUUACGAUUUAUAUGCUAUGAUUAUGUCACAAUAUUAAUGUAAUUUAUUACCUGUUGCGAUAAUCUCAUAAACUGUGACCAUGACCGUUUAUACAGAGACUCUACUACUCUAUAUUGUUUUUUUUAUUUAGUUAUAUAAAUUAAUAAUUUAAGUUAUAUACAACCAGUGACAAUUUAAAAUUAUUCAACUUUGGUAAACAAAUAUCGGUACAUGUGUUAUUUAAGAUGAAACAUUCUUGUCUCGAUUAAAAUGCAGGACCAUUUCAUUCUUUUUAUUAUUGAGAUUUAUUUUCUAAGAACGAUUACGAAUUUGCAACUAGCAUCUAAGACAUGUAUAUAAGUAAUUAGGGACUUGUAAAUAUUUCCUCAUUUGUUUUAUAAAUAUAAAAUGCUCUCACAUAAAAGGACAACAUUUAAUUGUAAUUGAUAUACUUAAAUAUCUACAUUAUCUCGCCGAAUUUUAUUGUCCGACUAUGUGAGAUAUCUAGGACUAUUUGCGUAUGUUGAACUAUAAAUGAAUAUACUUUUUAAUUUUUCCUACGUCAAGAGAUGUUGCCAGUAAUAUAUAUAAUUGUUGUUAGAUUUAAAUUGUGUUUAUGCACGUCAGGAUAACUUAACUCUGUUUAAAUUU